AUGAAAAGAAAUGUAGAAGACGAAAGUUCUUCAUCCUCAGAUAGUAGUGAUGAUGAUUUGGUUGGGCCUUCAUUGGAUGAUACGCCUUCUGAUUUUGAGAAACAGAAACCAUUGAAGAAACGGAAAAAAAAAACGAUAAUCGAUGAAACAAAACUUAUAGAAAAUAUACAAUUCAAUGAAGAAUACGGCUAUUCGUAUUUGCAAGAGUCGAAUGUGAGUUGCGUUACUUUGAAUCCUAUAGAUGAUUCAAUUCUAAUUGCAGGGUUAAAAAAUGGUUCAGUGAAAUUUUGGCGCAAGAAGACCAGUACAGGUAAUGAAAAAAGUAAAGAUAAGGAUAAAGACAACAAGGAGGGCGAUACAGGACAACUUGAAUUUAUUAAGCAAUUCUCCGCUCAUCCUCAGAAGGAAGUUUCCCAGUUGAUAAUAGAUAGUGAUGGUACAAGAUUAGCAAGUAUUGCAAAAAAUGAUUCGAAUGUUAAGAUCUUUGACUUGGUAACAUUAGACAUGAUACAAGUCGUUAACUUAAAUUUUAUACCCAAUACUAAGUCUAAUUAUGUUAGUUGUUGGUAUAAGUCUGGAAACAUAAAUCAUCUAGUAAUUAAUGAACAGGAUACUAAUAGAAUUCAUAUUUUAAACCCUGAUGAUGACGACACCGAAAUAAUUAAAACCAUUCAUAGAAAUCGAUUGAAUGUGAUAUCUUAUAAUCCUAAGUACCAAUGUAUUAUAUCUUCUGACAUGAAGGGCAUUAUUGAAUAUUGGACGCCUCAAGAAGAGAAUACACCGAAAUCUGUGCAAUUCAAAUAUAAAUCGGAGACUGAUUUACUUGAAUUUGCUAAGAGUAAAUCACCACCAACGUGCAUAAGUUUCUCUCCUGAUUUUGAAACGUUUGCAACUAUUUCAUAUCCUGACAAUUGUAUACGAUUAUUUGAUUUCAAAUCUGGAAAAUUGUUGAAAUCAUACGAUGAAUCUAUCAAAAUAUACGAAAAAGACGAAGCAAACAUUCAACUAAAGCUUAUAAAUGCAGAAAGAAAAAUAUUCAUAGAUAGUCCAGAAGAUAUACUUGAGCAAAGAAAUAUUAUAUUUGAUGAAAGUGGAAAAUUUUUACUUUUUGGCACUUUACAAGGUAUUAAAAUCUUGAGCUUGCAAACUAACAAAGUAAUCAAGAUUCUAGGUACUGAUGACCAAUUGCAACUUAAUCUAAGAUUUCAUCAACUAUUAUUGUCAAAUAAAUCCUCAAUUAGUAAUUUUAGUACGGAAAUGUUAUCAUCUAAUAAUUCUAUACUUAAUUCUAGUUUGAAUAAGGUUCCAAUUUUGAUAUCGUCGGCAGUCAAUUCAGAUAAAAUCUUUUUGUUUAACAAUUUACAAACACCAAGACAUAAUGAUAUUGAUUUUACUAUCAAACCCAGAGUUAAAAAACAAACACCUAUUAAGGAGAAUAAAUCAUCAAAAAUAAUAUUGCAUACUACUUCAGGAGAUAUCAAAUUAAAAUUAUUUAAUGAUUUAGCUCCUAAAACAACAGAAAAUUUCAUCAAACUUUGUGAAAAGGGUUACUACAAUUCUACUAUUUUUCAUCGUGUUAUUAAAGAUUUUAUGAUCCAAGCUGGUGACCCGUUAGGAAAUGGAACAGGCGGCGAAUCAUAUUGGGGUGGGUAUUUGAAGGAUGAAUUUAAUUCAACUUUAAGACAUUCUAAGCCCUUCAUGGUAAGCAUGGCUAACUCAGGCCCCGAUACAAAUGGUUCUCAAUUUUUCAUUACAACAGAAAAGGCUCCAUGGCUCGAUAAUAAACAUACAAUUUUUGCAGAAGUCAUAGACGGUUUUGAAGCUGUGAAAUCAAUUGAAAAUACGGAAACGGACGCCGAUGAUAAGCCUUUGGAUCAAGUUGUUCUACUCUCCACUAGCACAGAAUAA